GGAGCCUCAGUACACGAAUCUUCCAUAACUUGCUGAACCAGAAACAUGAUAACAAAUUACAUCCGGCAAUAAUAAAAAUCAAGGAAGUAGUAUUAAGACAAAGUACAAACCAACUACAACGACGCCAUAACACCAUAUUGAAAAAUAAAAAUUUUGUUUCAGCGCGGAGAAGAAGCGUUCGUACUAUGAAACAGAAGGAGCUAGAGCUUGAAGAAAGUUUACAGUCUCGGCCAGACGAUCCUUGUCUCCAUUUAGAUUUGGGACUGCAUCUAUGGGAGAAGGCUGACAGCAGUAUUGUUGAAGAAGAGGCCAGGGGGAAGGCUGUCGAACAAUUUCUCAUAUCUGCUAAACUCAACCCUCAGAAUGGGGUACCUUUUAGGUAUUUGGGUCAUUAUUACGCCCGCUUCUUGUGUGACCCUCAGAGGGCUUUGAAGUGCUACCACCGAGCUAUUUGUCUCAAUCCCGAUGAUUCUGAUGCUGGGGAAGAGAUGUGUGAACUACUGGAAGAAAGUGGAAAAGAGAACCUGGAGAUAGCUGUCUGUCGAGAGGCCUCGGAAAAGUCAACUCGUGCCUUUUGGGCUUUCCGCAGACUUGGUUAUCUUCUGGUCCACCAACAAAAAUGGGCUGAUGCAAUACCAAGUCUUCAGCACGCUAUCAGAGGGUAUCCCACAUGUACUGAUUUGUGGGAGGCACUAGGUCUUUCCUAUCAGCAGAUGGGUAUGUUCACUGCUGCCACUAAGUCGUAUGGGCGAGCUAUUGAGUUAGAUGAAUCAAGAGUUUUUGCAUUGGUUGAAAGUGGGAAUAUAUUUUUGAUGCUUGGAGGCUUUAGGCAGGCAUAUCACAACAAAUACAGUGUUGGUUUAACUGGCAGAAGCUUCAUUACUGGAUUUAUUGAAAAUCUGUUCAAAUGCCAAUCUGAUAAAAGUAAGAGCUAAAGUUACUGUUGAAAUCGUCAGAAGCUGAAGCUGAAUAAGGAUCUGGAGAAGAUGGCCAGAAAAUCUCGCUGGAAGAGACCUCAUCUGCUGCCACAUGGUGGCAGGGCAGUGGUAUAAUUGGGGUGUGUGGAGACAGAAAUUGUUGGGGAUCGGUUUUCAGGAAGAUUAGGGAUGAUUCCCCUCCUCAACUCGCCCGAAACCUUCUUCUAAGAAGAGUAAUGUGAGAAGUGGCUAUCUUGUGAACAAUGUUCCUUAUUGUUCAUGAGUCAGUUGAAUGUUUGAAGUUCAAGACUGGUGUUGCUCUGAUAACAUGUUGACAAAGAAGAGCAUAAAAUAGAUUUUUGUUUCAAUUACAUAUUUACAUCUCAGAGUGAAUUCCAAUAUAUAUAUAUAUACACUACAAUUAGCCAUCUAGAUUCUUCAUAUGACUCAAUAUGAAAUUUGUGCGAAAUGAAAAACAUUCUUGACCCUAGUUCAUAUUUCUCAACAAAUCCAAAUUUGAUCAUUGAUUCUAGUAGCUCAAAAUCUCAACCCUUUCUUCUGAUGUUGUACGGUUUCUACCCCAGACCUUGGGCGAGAUCUUGCAGGUGCACUAUGAUCACAUUUUUCAUCAACACACCUUUUGUCCCUUAUACAUUAAAUCAGUGGUUUAAGCAGAAAAUGUUGUAUUUGUGAACUUGUGCCGGCAAAGCAUGCUUCUUGUGCAGACUUUAGAUUAAAAUGCCAAACAUGUUUAAACUGAACUUCUGAGGAAAUCCUUGCACCUGUACCAAUUCAUUUUGUUGUGUUGGAGUUGAGCAGUUCCGCCAAGCUAUAUUGAUAUCACCUUUCAAUAUAUCUGCUCAUUAUGGCCUUGCAUCUGCACUUUUUUGUUUGGCAAAGGAAUGCCUAAGCUCAGGUGCAUUUAGAUGGGGAGCUUCAUCAUUAGAGGAGGCGUCUAAGGUCGCCAUAACAUGUGCAUCAUUAGCUGGUAACUUUUCAUGCAUAUGGAAACUUCAUGGUGAUAUACAGGAUGUGGCUCACAAUCAGAUGAGGAAGCAUUUACUAAUUCAAUCUUUUCCUGGAAGAGAGCCUGCUGGAUAGCUGCAGUGUCAGCCAGGUGUUCUUAUCAAAGGGCUUUACAUUUUACUCCUUGGCUAGCGAACUGUUAUACUGAUGUUGCCAUUGCAUCGGAGCUCAGUUUUUCUUUGAAGGAGAGUCAUACAAAUGAUUUAAAUACUUGGCCCCUGUCUGAAAAGAUGUGCCUUGGGGGGUUAUUGCUUGAUGGUUGCAAUAAUGAGUUUUGGGUGGCUUUGGGAUGUCUAUCAUAUCGCACAGUGUUGAAACAACAUGCUUUUAUAAGAGGCUUGCAGUUGGAUGUCUCUGUGGCUGUCGCAUGGGCAUACCUUGGAAGUUUAUACAGGAAAGUGGGUGAACGACAAUUAGCGCAGCAUGCAUUUGAUUCUGCAAGAAGUAUUGAUCCUUCUCUUUCACUGCCAUGGGCUGGCAUGUCAGCUGAUGCCAGUGUGAGGAACCUGAAACAAGAGGAAGCAUAUGAGUGCUGUCUUCGAGCUGUUCAGAUUUUUCCUCUUGCUGAGUUUCAAAUUGGUCUGACGAAACUUGCUCUACAUUCUGGUAACCUCAAGUCCUCAGAGGUAUUUAGAGCUAUCCAGCAAGCCUUGCACCAUCUCCCUACUUAUCCUGAAUCUCACAACUUGAGUGGGCUAGUAUGUGAAGCAAGACAGGAUUAUCAAAAUGCUAUUCCAUCAUAUAAGUUAGCAUGCUACGCAGCAAUCAUGUUUGGUGGAAAAGAAUCAAAGACCUAUCUCAAGAGUAUAUCAACUAACCUAGCCAGGUGUCUCUGUAAGGCAGGAAAUGUUAAUGAUGCUGCUCACGUGUGUGAAGAUUUGGAUAGAAAAGGUCUUCUUGAUGCUGAAGGUUUGCAGAUUUAUGCACUGUGCUUAUGGAAGCUUGGAAAUGAUAAUCUUGCUUUAUCAGUGGCAGGAAAACUUGCGGAAAAUAUUUCAUCCAUGAACCAGUCAUUGGCGACCACAUCUAUUAGUUUUAUUUGUAGAUUGCGAUAUCAGAUAUCAGGGCAUGAUGCUUCUGUUUUAUUCUUAUUGAAACUACCGAAGGGAUUAUUACGAAGUCCAAAAGUCAGUUUUGUAGCAUCAGCUAUUGAUGCAUUAGAUAACAGGAAUCAGCUUGAUUCAGCUAUUUCAAGCACUACUAAUUCAACUGUUUCGGUUGAACAGUAUGCUACAAUGGAUUGUCUAGCGGCAAUGGGUGAACUAUUGAAACAUGGAUCUAGGGAUUGCCUUGGAUUUAAGGAAGGACUUCAGUAUGUGCGCAAAUCACUGCAUUUAUAUCCCAAUAGUCACUUGUUAAGGAAUCUUCUUGGUCAUCUACUGUUAUUAAGCACAGAAGGUAUACAUUUUCACACUUCAACUAGAUGCAUUAUCAUGGACCCUUCUUACCACCCAAAUCCUAAUGAUAAAAGAUCUGCACUUGCGAUUCUUGGUGCUGAGGGAGUAGCUUGCCAUGCCUUACAAUGUGUGUCACUCACACAAUGCAAAGAGAAGCCUACAUCUAGAUGCAAUACUGUGCAGCUGUUACAGAAGCACUUGCAUCAAGAGCCAUGGAAUCAAAGUACACGGUACUUGCUCAUAGCUAACUUUUUUCAAAGGACUAGAAGGGAGAGAUUUCCUCAUUAUUUAUGUGCAGCACUUGACCGGCUUACUAGUUGUGUUCUUUGUAAUGAGUUGUAUUCAAUAAAGGAUCUUGCUCAUCAGUAUCAGAAGUUCCAGCUCUUACUUAUUGCAGCUGAGGUCAGUUUGCAAUGUGGGAACUAUUCUAACUGCAUCACAAAUGCUAAUACUGCUACAAAUCUAUCACUACCCAAUCAGUAUAUGUUCUUUGCUCACUUGCUUCUAUGCCGUGUGUAUGCUGUGGAAGAGAAUCCUGUUAAAUUAUCUGAUGAAUAUCUGACAUGCUUGGGGCUUAAAACUGGUUGUCAUAUUGGUUGGAUUUGUCUUCAGUUUCUUGAAUUCCAAUACAAGCUACACACAGAUUCCACUGCAUUAGCUUUAAGAUUUGAGGAGCAUUCAAAAUAUGUGAGUCAUUCAUGGAACCCUUGGCUAGCUAUAUUCAACUUGGUGCAUGGUCUGAGUGCAAUUUGGACUAGAGAUUUCUCUGGUGCAGAAGAAUAUCUUUUACAAGCUUGCUCAUUAGCCAGUGGCGAAAGCUUCCUAUUUCUUUGUCAUGGUGCCAUCUGCAUGGAGCUUGCCAGGCAGUAUCGUGAUUCAAAGUUCAUAAAAACUGCAAUUAGGAGCCUAAAGAAAGCUAAAGAUGCAACUCCCGUUCGUAUGCCUUUUGUCUCACUGUUGUUGGCGCUAUUAGAAGCGAGCCUUGGAUCAAAAACUAAGUGGGUGAAAAACCUUCUUGAGGAAUGGUCAUGUUGGCCACCAGAAAUGAGGCCGGCAGAACUGUGCUUCCAAAUGCAUUUGGUUUCAAGAUGGGCAUCACAAGGUGGUGGAGAGGAUUCGUCAUCAUCCUCGUUGUUGGAGGGUUAUGCAAAUCCUAUAAGAGCGAUGCUCCAAGCUAUCCACUUGAAUCCGUCUUCUUCUAGAUACUGGAGAGUUUUGACGAGUUAAUUUCUGACAGGCGGAUGAUGAGUAAAUUAACUUCCCGAGUUACCUUUGAUUAGAUUUAUUUAUUAGAUUUAUUUAUGAGUAAUAAGUAUUAUAAUAUAAGUUAUAAUUAACUUAAUUGUCCACAAUAUUUACAAACUUUCAAAUAAUUAAUAUUGUUAAGAAGUUUAAUAAUCUUUCAUGACUUAAUGUUAUCUGUACAAAAACAUCUAAAUUAUGUGACAUAAUUGAUCAGUUUGGCAUCUUGUAAAUGUGAGUGCUUAUGUACACGGUAUAAAAUUUUAAAC